CCAAAAGCUCUGACGAAGACGACGAAGAGGAUGGGUGAAGAAGAAGCAAUAGCAGAAGAAAAUGGCGGACUAACGGUCGACUCAGUAAAGCAAACUUCAUCGUUGCCUACCAUGAGAUUCGAUGUCUCUCCUUACAGAACGCAUCAUUUCUGUGAGCAGUUUAGAGCUGCUCGAAACCCUAACAAUUUCCUCAAGGGUCUUAAAUGGUCACCUGAUGGUUCUUGUUUCCUUGCAAGCUCCGAGGACAAUACACUUAGUCUGUUUUAUCUGCCUCAAGAUGGAGGUGAUUCUAAUGGCUAUGGAGUGCCAAUCCCUGAAGAAGAUUCGUAUGGUGCGAGUCUCCUUGUUAAUGAGGGUGAAUCUGUCUAUGAUUUCUGUUGGUAUCCAUACAUGUCAGUUUCAGAUCCAUUAACAUGCGUCUUUGCUACCUCCACUAGAGACCAUCCAAUCCAUCUUUGGGAUAGUACUUCUGGUGAGCUUCGAUGCACGUACCGGGCCUAUGAUGCUAUGGAUGAAAUCACUGCUGCAUUUUCAAUUGGAUUUAAUCCUGGUGGAACCAAGAUCUUUGCUGGUUAUAACAGCUCCAUCAGAGUGUUUGAUCUUCAUCGUCCCGGUAGAGAUUUUGGGCAGUAUUCAACUCUACAGAGAAAUAAAGAGGGCCAAGCAGGUAUAUUAUCUACUCUUGCUUUCUCCCCAACCAAAUCUGGAAUGUUGGCUGUGGGCUCUUACGGGCAGACUACAGGGAUUUAUAGAGAAGACAACAUGGAGCUAUUGUAUGUUUUACAUGGUCAAGAAGGCGGCGUCACACAUGUCCAGUUUUCAAAGGAUGGGAACUACUUAUAUACAGGAGGUCGCAAGGAUCCUUACAUUCUUUGCUGGGAUAUGCGGAAAUCUGUUGAGAUAGUUUAUAAAUUGUACAGAGCAACAGAGAACACAAACCAGCGUGUAUUCUUUGAUAUUGAGCCAUGUGGUCGACAUCUUGGCACCGGUGGUCAGGAUGGUCUCGUUCACAUGUAUGAUUUACAAACCGGAAACUGGGUCUCUGGAUAUCAAGCUGCUUCAGAUACCGUCAAUGCUUUUUCUUUCCACCCAUACCUUCCAAUGGCUGCUACAUCCUCUGGUCACAGACGAUUCGCAAUUCCAGAUGAUGAUGAUGAUGAAGAUAAGAACGAUCUUCAAUUGAAAGCUGAUGAAAACUGUGUAUCUCUCUGGAGUUUCUACGUUACAUCUCAAGAGAACACUUUUGAUGAAAAUGACAAUGGCUUUGCAAGCAAUUCUCAUCACCAGAAUGUCCCGGUAGAAGAAGAAAACGCUUAACAAAUAUAUCUUUUUUUCCGUUUUGUGAUAGACGAAAACUUUUAAGUAGUUUUAUUAUUUUUACAAGUCUUAUCCAAAAAUAUUAUGGGUAUAUUUUUUUGUGUGCAUUUAAUAAGAAAAAAAAACAAAUUACUAAACACUUCCAUAUUUAUCUCGACAUCCAAA